GGACGGUCUCUGGCUGGUUUCGGGCGGCCCAGGGACCGCGGAAGAGGCUCCCGAGGGCGGCCGCGAUGCCUCGCCCGCAGCGAGUCAGUCAGCUCCUGGAUCUAUGCCUUUGGUGCUUCAUGAAGAAUAUUUCCAGAUAUAGUACAGACAUUAAGCCUUUGCCUCCCAACAUAAAAGAUAGACUGAUUAAAAUAAUGAGCAUGCACGGGCAGAUAACAGAUUCAAAUAUCAGUGAGAUUUUACAUCCUGAAGUCCAAACUCUAGAUCUACGGAGUUGUGAUGUUUCAGAUACUGCUCUCCUGCAUCUGUGUAACUGCAGAAAACUGAAAAAAUUAAAUUUAAAUUGCUCAAAAGGAAACAGAAUUUCUGUAACUUCAAAAGGAAUAAAAGCUGUAGCAUCAUCUUGUUCUUACCUGCAUGAAGCUUCUUUGAAAAGAUGCUGCAAUCUCACUGAUGAAGGAGUUCUUGCUCUCGCGUUCAAUUGCCGGCUGCUGAAGAUCCUUGAUUUAGGUGGCUGCUUGGGUAUUACUGAUGUAUCCUUACAUGCCUUAGGAGAAAACUGCUCAUUUUUGCAGUGUGUUGAUUUUUCAGCUACUCAGGUGUCUGACAAUGGUGUGGUUGCGCUUGUCAGUGGACCUUGUGCCAAGAAAUUGGAGGAGAUUCAUAUGGGACAUUGUGUGAAUUUGACUGACGAGGCUGUGGAAGCUGUCCUUACUUGUUGUCCUCAGAUACGCAUCUUACUCUUCCACGGAUGCCCUCUUAUCACAGAUCAUUCACGAGAAGUCUUGGAGCAAUUAGUAGGCCCAAACAAGCUAAAGCAAGUGACAUGGACUGUUUAUUGAUGCUUAUUGAAGCUUGUCAAAGCUGUGAUCGUCAUACUACUGUCCCAGGAAACAAUGGUCUUAGAGAUUGGCUUUCCAAUAAUAUGGUUUGUGCUUUGAAGUUAACCAGACCCUUAAACAUUUUAAUAGUGCUGUUGUUCUGUGUUUGUUUAAUGAGUCAUUGUUUUUGAAAUGGUAAUCGUAGCAUGCCCUCUGAUGUAUUUGGAGUGGGAGUGAGGUGUUGUGUUUGUUGCGUAAAUAACAAAAUUUCAAAUUA